CCAGCUGAUGCCAUUGGUGUCAGCCCUCACCAGGUUAUAAGCCUCCCUGCAAGCCUCUUUAUCUAUCUUUGUUGCCAUUUGGAUUCAGCAAUGGAUACACACUGUAACUGGAUCAGCUGGAGGGAGAUCUGCCUCUUCACUAAAUCCCUUAACCAGAUCAGUGCAGGCUAAUGAAUGCUGGCUCCAAGGGCAGGACAGAGUGCUAGAAUGAGCUCCACUCACUGAGCCUGCACAGCAGCAACUUAACCCACUGCUCCCUGUCAGCAGCACCCAACUCCAGCUGGUGCACAUUAUGUCUUUCUGCAGGAGGGGGGGAGGCGGUUUUUGUUUCUGCCUGUACAAAAAGUAGGCUGGAAUCACCCCUUUGGCUUUGCUGCCUAAUGGUUUUACCUUGCCUGCUUCCUGUUUGAUGCAGGGCAUUACUGGGACUUCCAAGGGGUGAUGUCAUUAGAUUGGUACUCCUGGAGAGUGAUUGAGGGGUGCAGGGAUCAGCCCCCCUCUCCAUCAGCCCUGAUUCCCCACAUGUAAUAAAGUCUAGCAGCAAGGCAUGCUGAGGGCAGCCAGGGAAGUCAUAGUGUGGGAAAUGUUUCCUGUGUGUUACAAUGUAUCAUGUCCCAGACCAGGCUGCCUGCUAAGACCCCAGGUGGAGAGGGGCAUUGCUGGCUAGUUUGCAAUGAGAGGUAUCUGCAUGGACUGCUGAAUCAGGAAACCCUGUCCCAGAUUAUAAACUGGGGACAGAAAGGAGUGAGCCAGCAGACCCCACUGCUCCAGGUAGGAGGGCUGGGAUCCCUGGGGGGGCUGGCAUUGGGGGGGCGGGGGGGGAGGGUUAACCUGUGCAGGCUGCAGCACUGAAUGGGUCAAUGUGCUUUGUAGGAUUGGGGAACCUAUUUAGCUAAGAAUGCUUUGUCUUCACAGGGGAAUUCCAGAUUAAUGAUUAAAUGCAAACAAUCAGUGACAGGUCCUGGGCUGUCACUGGGGCCCUUGAUGGCAUUUACAGAAUUGGUAUUUCCUUAAUAUAUAGAGACCCCCAUACUGACAUGCAGAGACCCACACUGUCUAUACACACAGGGAAACAGUUUAAUUUAGUAGACAAUGCUUCCCUCUAGUGUUACAAAAGUGAAAUUGCAACCAUUGAGAAUUUGUAAAUAUUAUUUUAUAGAUCUAAAAGCUAUCUAUCUAUCUAUCCUAAAAUUACUUUAAAUAUAACCAUCUAGAUCAGGGGUCCUCAAACUCCGGCCCCCCAGAUGUUGCUACAACUCCCAUGAUUCUUUGAAUUACGUAGAUAGCCAGAGAAUCAUGGAAGUUGUAGUUCAGCAACAUCUGGGGGGCCAGAGUUUAAAGACCCCUGAUCUAGAUUGUAAGUUCCCACUGGAAUAGCGCCCUCACCCCCUUUAGUUUUUGUUUGUUACAUUUUCUAUUGUCUUUUAGAUAUAUUGAACAUUUGCCCUUUUAAUUGUUCCAAUUGUAUCAAUGCAUAGAGCUGCGGAAAAGUGCAUGGUCGGCACAGUAAUGUAGAGUAAUUAUGAUUUUGCAGUUCUCCCAUAAUUCCCAACUUGAUAUGCUCAGACACCCUUAGUAAUGAAGUAGUGCAUUAAACGCAGCUUUUAAUCCAAAGCAUAAAUGGUGAGUCAAAAGGAUCAAUGACCAGAAACCAAUAACUGACUAUUUACCCAAAUACCCUGCUCGUAGGGAUAUGUACAGAACCAGGAAUGUGCUGGUAUGUUUGGGAAUGCAGACUCGCGUCAAAGCUUGCUCUGGCUGCAGUUUCCUGUUGGAAAUGAAUGAAAGCCAGCAUUGCAUGUAUUCUAUGGAGAAAUCGUUUAUGUAACAUAUUAACAAGGUAAAACAUGUGAACUAAUAUUUUGCAGGUGACUGGGUGUCCUCUUUAAAUUGAUGAUCCUAUAGCUUAUUCGCCAACAUUGGCAAGUAUGAACUGGAUGCGAGGGGCCAUUUUGGCACGGUGACAACCAUAGACACAAUUUAUGUCAUCGGUAAUGAGGUAGAAUAUAAAAAGGACAUGGAUCAUUAAUCGGACCAAAUUCAUUGCAACUACCCAGUGUGGCUGUGCUCUUGUCGCACUGUCCCCUUGUGUCUCCAGAAACUGGAUAUCAGAGACAGAGUCCCAAAAUCGUGACUACACCUCUUUAUUUGGCACAUCAGAAUGCAACUGACCACAACCUAUAUGUCUUUCAUGCCAUCUCUCCAUUUAUCAGCAUAAUAAGAAUAUCACAUGUUAUUACCCAGGAGAGGGACGUAUCAUUUUAUGUCAGUUUUCGAUUAUAUCCUGGGGUCCUGACAUUUUACCAGUUGAAUGGUAUGAAAACAAAAAAAUAAAUAUCCCCAUCAGUUCUGACGCUAGGAAAGUCCUGGAAUUUUUCUGGAAGUGCUAAUUAUUACAACGUGCUUCCUGUAAGGUUCCUUGUUUUGUAAUAAUGUUUCUUGUGUUGUUCAGAUUAGGUGACUGUAGUUCCCAGACUGAGCUGUGAUUCAGGAUGUAACGACUGGACGCAGAGUGGGGACAGUGCAUGGUAUCCGGUGCUGUAUUAGAGACAGCUUGAUUAUAAUUUUAUAGUAAUAUGUGGAAUAAAGAUCUACGUAUUAUGAGUGGGAUUUCCAGCUAUACAGAGUACAAUGUAUGGAAGCAAUGGUUCUGGUUGAGACACUUCAUUAUGUGACGUUUAAAUACCAAGGGGAGAAUUAAAUAUUUUCUCCAUCAUUCUGGCUUGGGCCAGGAGUCCACAAACCUUAGUGUGAUUGGUGUAGCACAUAAAGCGUACAGUACUGGAGUCGGAUAAUGCAUGGAUUUCCUAUUUUUCUCUUUUUGUGAAAGGAACCGUUUCAAAUGGAAAUGGUCAUUUUUAUGUAAAUUAUAGCCUUAAAUAAAACCUUGAAAAUCAGCUUUAACUUGUGUUAACCGUUUUAUCAUGCAACGCUCCAUUUUCAUUUAAAGGUAUAUUACAUUUUGCAGUGGACAUCAUAAUCCAGUUGUGCCCUGGCACAGUUCUGGCAUUGCUUCUGCUUUAUUCUCUCAACAUACUGUGUUCAAUGACAGAACCAGACAAGAUGGGGGCACUCCGUUCUAGGAUAGAUGUAAAUAGAGCAAUGUGGGAUCCUGCGUUUCAUUAUAUUUUUCAGACCUCACAAAUAAGAUAGCUAAACUCCAUAUAAAAAUCAUGGAACGUAACGUCUCUUUCUAAUUGUGAGGAUAUAAGAUAAUGACGAUGAUAAGAACGGUACAAAGUGUAGAUUUUAGGAGGCGUGUGUCACCUUGAAGGUGAUGCCACUUUGUAAAUAUUUCUUACAAUCACUGAGAGGUUCUCGUAGUAAAUAAACAUUUGCUGAUGUUUCAGAAGCUGAGAGGGGAAAGCACUGGAAGGUAGGUUAUUUUGGGUGAUUGCAUUUAUUUUCCUUACAAUAUCUAUUUAAAUGUUGGUUUUCAGUUUGCUGCAGUUUACAACAUACUGCACUUAAAUUCUUUUAUUUUUGGUUUUAAGCUGUAGCGUACUACAAUGUUUGGCCUCUUUAGAUUCAUAUCUUGAAUGAAGUGGCUUUUGGAAACCCGUGGGGCUUGUUAAAGUAGAUUAAUACGUAGGGUGCAGCCACUCAGAGAUGCUUAUUAUAACCAUAGUCGGUGUUUAUUUUGCGGACUAUAAUCUGAUAUCACUUGAUUCCUAUUGGGGAACAUUUAACAUGGACAGAGCACACAUGUCAUUGUGGACUGUGUCUUUGUCAAACUAGCAUGUUUCCGAAGAUGAUGUAAUCACUUUCCUGCUGUCUUAUCAAUGUAUAAUGUAAAUGGCAAUUAUUUGCGAUUAUUCAUUAAUACAUUCGUGGGUAAUGGAGAGAGUCAUUUCUCUCUUACUGGCGACUGCUGACAGUACAGGUAGACUGAGAUUAAACGCCAACAUUCUGCGGUGUUGCGAAUCAGUGGAAGAAUUGAUAUAACUGAUAUUAUGUCACGUCAUCGUGAAUCAAUAACGUGUGCAAAGUCAUCAUCUUAAGAAGAAACCAAAUGUAUUUUGCUGCUUUUAAAACUUGUAUGAAUGUAAAAAAGUAUUUAGAAAGCCAAAUGUGAAUCUAGAAAAUAUCCCUGAUACAAACAGUGUGGCUGCAGAGAUACUACCGUUUUAUUCUGGGUGAAUUAAGUUUAUUUUUUUUCUGAUAUUUUUAUUUGAAACUGACAGCAAACUGUAUUCUCUUGCUAAUUUGCUGUGUGAUUAAAUCCCGGUAAUCUGUGCUUUGUUUCAGUACCUAGUAAGUUAUAGACAAUGUGAAAAUGGCUACAAAAGGACUGGUAAAAGGCCACUGGCAAGCAUCAUCUGAUUGGACACUGAGGGAAUGUCACUGAGAGCAUUCGAAAGGUACACUUUAUAUUCCAUUUCUUGCUCCUGACACUUGAUCAUACCAGACUGGCUUAAUUAAGCAGUUUCAGUGUAUAGAUCAUGGCCCUGUAGUCUCACUGCUCAAUUCUCUGCCAUUUAAGUUAAAUAACUUUGUUUAUACAUCCCUAGUCACACCUCCCUGCAUGUGACUUACACAGCCUUCCUAGAUAUUCUAGAUUCCCUUAUUGCACAGUCUGUUUAAUUUAGAAUUUACCAUCUGCUGCUCUGUUAAUACCUUGCUAGACCUUGGCGAACCCUUGUGUGUAAAGUUCAAUUUACAGAGCAGGAGAUAAAAACUUUUAAAGUAAGUAACAUGUGAUUGGAAAUGAAAUAAUUUUGUUUCAGUCACAGACAGUGGUGGUAUAACUAAGGCUGCAUAAACAGAAACAAAAGUGAUUUAAUUCCUAAACGGCAGAGAAUUGAGCAGUGAGACUACAGGGGCAUGAUCUAUACACCAAAAAAUGCAUCAUUAAGCUAAAGUUGUUUUUUGCCUAUGGUAUCCCUUUAAACUAGUUAUUAACAGACUUAUUGCUAUGCAAUGACAAUGCGUCUGCAUGUUUUCUCAAUAACCAGAGAUGGCUAAAGCUCUGAGUUGCUAUCUAAUGAAUUAAUCAUAUAAUAUUUUUUGUUAAAGACAAUGGAAGGUUCAAGGCAGUCCCGAGUUUCUCGUCCACAAAAGAUCAGUGAAUCGUCAAAGGUAUGCAUAGCUAUCUUUAUUCUCUGCGAUUUAUCACACAUAUUACUGCGCAUGUUGUGGGCUUGGUUCUGUAACUGUCUAGCAUUAAUUCUAGUGUUUUUAUUUUUCUCCUGGCUUAGCUGUACAGAUGGACAGAUCACUCCAAUUUUGUUCUUCAAGGCCUGAAUGAACAGAGGCAAAAAGGUCUAUUCUGUGACAUCAUUCUGGUGGCUGAUGACCAAAAAGUGCCAGCCCACCGAAAUCUUCUGGCCGCCUGUAGUGACUACUUCAACUCCAUGUUCACCAUUGGUAUGCGUGAGGCCCAUCAGAAGGAAGUGGAAUUGGUGGGCGCUUCCUAUAUAGGUCUGAAAGCUGUGAUUGACUUUCUAUACAGCUGUGAUUUGACACUGGACGGAGGGAACAUUGAUUAUGUUUUGGAAACGGCCCAUCUCCUGCAAGUCUGGAAGGUGGUGGACUUCUGCUGUGAAUAUUUGGAGAACGAGGUCAGUGAAGACAACUAUCUUUACCUCCAGGAACUGGCUUCCAUCUUUAGUCUAGAGCGCCUUGGCUCAUUUAUCGACUCCUUUGUCCUUCAGAACUACAGUACCCUUUCCUUCACAAAUGACUUUUUGCUAAAUAUCUCUACCCAAAAACUUUGCCAGUACCUAACGAGCAGUCAGGUGCAGCAUGUCAGUGAACAUGACCUCUUGCAGUCUGCUUUGCAGUGGUUGACCCAAAGCUCCGAAAGGGAAAGCCAAGCCUACCAAGUACUCCAGAACAUCCGUUUUCAGCUAAUCCCAAAAAGUGAUCUUCUACAUCGAGUGAAACCAGCAAUAUGCUCUCUCCUCCCAAAAGAGGCAAAUUGUGAGUGGUUAGUGGAGGAAGCUGUCCACUAUCAUAACAAUGUAGCUUUACAACCACUACUUCAGAAUACACGGAGUACUCUCCGCAAAGGGAUUGAGAGACUUCUGUUUGUUGGUGGAGAGGUGUCUGAGCAUUGCCUCGAGCUGAGUGAUGAUGUCUGUAGUAUGGACAUCAAGAAGGAGCAAUGGGUUUCUGAAACACAACUGCCAGCCAGACGGAGUCAUCACUGUGUUACGGUUCAAGGCAACUUCAUCUUUGUUGCUGGAGGGAGUUUCUCAAGGGACAAUGGUGGAGAUGCUGCCUCCAACCUUCUCUACAGGUAUGAUCCCCGCUGGAGUCAGUGGAUUAAGGUGAGACUUCUAUACAGCUACAAAUACACAACCACUACAAAUACAGCGCUUGCUCACCAUUAUCAAGAGUACGUUCUAGUAUUCAUAUCAUAGUUGUCAAAAUCCACAUCCGUACAACCACCUAGAUAUUGGUUGAUAAACAUAUAGGUGUAAGUCAAGUAGGAAACCAUUAUUCUGAGAUCAUCCCAAAGUCAUGUUGUUUGACAUUGAAGUCAUAAAAUGUCCCAAAAAUAUUCUUCUGAGUCGGUAGCUAUAUAGAUCAAAGGACCCUCUCUGCUUUAACUUGAGUGACUCUGUUCUCCCUUCAGUGAGUAUUUUUUAAUGUUUUGUUGUGAAAAAAUUUUUUAAUCACAUUCAGUAAGAUCAGUAUCAUACAGAGAGCAACUAGCAGAAUAGUUGUAAUAUAUAUGCAAACCACUGCUAAUGAAUUAGGUUCAGCUAGGCAAGAUAGACCGUAUGCAAUAAUCUGAGCUAUCAUGGUAAGAUGAACCAAGGUGUCAAAUGAAAGCCAAAUGGUUUAAAGUAAUGGUAAUGAAAAACAUGAUGUAUCAACAGCUGUAAUAGAGAUGUGUAAAACACUGAAUUUGAUGGACUCCAGGUCUAUCUAUUUACACACUAUAGAUACCAAAACCACUUUAGCUUAAUGAAGCAGUUUUGGUGUAUAAACCAUGCCCCUAUAGUCUCACUGCUCAAUUAUCUGCCGUUUUGGCGUUAAAUCACUUUGUUCAUACACUCAUAGUCACACCUUCCUGCAUGUGACUUACACAGCUUUCCUAAACACUUCCUGUAAAGAGUCAUCUAAUGUUUACACUUCCUUAAUUGCAAAUGCUUUUUAAUUUAAAAUCUCUUAUCUCCUGCUCUGUUGAUAGACUUUUAAACUAUGUAGGGGCCCCCUGUAUGUGAUUAAAGUUUAAAGGGACACUAUAGGCACCCAGACUAGUUCAGCUCAUUGAAGUUGUCUGGGUGCACUGUCUCUAUUGCACUUAGUGCAUGAGUACAUCCAGUGUCAGAUUUUUUGUUCCCCAUAGGAAAGCAGUGAUUCAAUGCUUUCCUAUGGGAAGGUCUAAUGCACGCGUGGCACUCAACGCGCAUGCGCAUUAACGCCCCCUCAUUGAGCACCGUCCGAGAUGGCGGAGCCGCAACCCAGUGCCAAGAGACAUCAGCGCUGGGAUAAGGUAGGUAAGUAAAGCUUUUUUUAACCUUUUAUUCUCUGGGUAGGGGGGAGCCACAAGGAAAGGGGGAGUUAGAGGAAUCUAUAGUGUCAGGAAUACAGCUUUGUAUUCCUGGCACUUUCAGUAUCCCUUUAAUUUACUGAAAUAAAAUCUGCUAAAGUUUAACAUCUAAUUGAAAAUGAAACCCAUUUUUAUGCAGGCUGUGUGAGUCACAGCCAGGGUAGGUGUAUCUAGCGACAGAAACCAAAGUGUUUUAGCUCCUAAAAUUCAGAGAAUUGAGCGGGGAAACAGCAGGGGCACGAUAUAUACACAGAAAUUGCUUCAUUAAGCUAAAGUUGUUUUGAUGUUUAGAAUAUCCCUUUAACCAAGUGUAAAAAAAAAAAAAGAAGGUGUAUGGAAAACUGGAGCAGAAUGGCUCCCCAAAAUUAUCCUCUAACUGGGGGAUACGAGGGCAGGGAUAGACAAUUGUAAAAAAUGGACAGACAUUAAAAAUAUUGAAACAAAUUACACUAAAGUAGAAGAAAACACCAACUUUAAAGCCAAAAAAACAGCCAAAAUAAACAUAUUAUGAUGACUAGCAUUUAUAUAGCUCCAAGAUAUUCUGCAGCGCUUUAUAUGUACAGCAAGUAUUUUACUUACAUAAUGUUAAAGGAACCAGACGGGCAUCAUAACAACUUCAUGUUGGUGAAGUUGUUAUGGUGCCUGGAGGUUCUCUUUAACAGAGGUGCAUUAUUGCACGAAUCACUUAGGCCUCAAUUUCAUAUUUUCGGCUCUUCAAAUGAUCACAAUCUGUUUUCAAAUGACUUAUCUCCAGAAGUCACCAUUAAAAUCUAUGGGAAUUCUUGUAGAUAAAUCAUAUGAAAAGUUUUUCUAACAGACUGUGAUCCUUUGAAACCCUUUUACAAAAUAUUAAAUUGAGACGUUGGGACAUCACUUGCAUGUGGCCUACAUUUAACAAUGUUUUUGACAUCCCGGGACGUGGAUGAUUCUGCAGCAAACAGUGGCACCAGACCAGGUCCCAAGUUCUUGAGAAAGACAAACAGAUCCAAGUGAGUUUAAAGAAUUGAGUAUCCUUUUCCACUAUCAAGGAUUGAGGUAGACCACAGAGGUAGCCAAGUCCAUCUUCACACAGACAUCUUGAGACUUGGCCCAGUAAUUGACACCACUCAUGGUUGUUCUACUCAAAUCUUAAAAGAAGGAAAGUUUGCUGUAGGAUAUAGUCUCUUUGACAGCAGAAACAAUGCCUACUUUGGCAGCAGAACUUUGGCAGCGUACUAUAAGAUCACAUGUUGCAGAGACAUGGUUCUGUAGACUCCAUUCAAAACUAUGUUUUGGGCAUGUCAAACAUAUAGCAAUAGCUCCCUUUUUUUUUUUUUUAAACUAUAAAAUAGACAGGUAAUCAGUGUUUUUUCCCAACGUGUAUAGGUUGCAUCCAUGAACCAACGUAGAGUGGACUUCUACCUGGGUGCAGUGAGCGACAAACUGCUUGCUGUUGGAGGUAGGAAUGAAAAUGGCGCCUUAUCUUCGGUUGAAUCCUACUGCCCUCAGCAGGAUACCUGGACAUAUGUAUCUGAGCUGCCAAGGUGAACCUGUGCUUUGAAUUCUAUAAUUAAUAAACCAGUUUCGUACAUCUGUAUUUCUAAUAACCGUGAUUUGCAGGGCUGUACCUAUCAUUGUAAAAGUGGCAGGAAGCCUAACCAACACCCCUGCCAAUUGUACGUUAGUGUGUUGGAUAAAUCCUUCAAAUAUCUGCUUCUUUGCAAUAGUCCCUAGCCAUUGCCUCUUUUAAUAGCUGUUCCAGGGAUGUCGGGGAUGACUCACACUGUAUCGAAUACUUUUUGAUUGAUUGUAAUAAUUGGAUCUAUUUUAAUUCAGUCUAAUGCCUCCACAACACCAAACUCUGACAGCAGCAAAGCAAGACUUAACCUUUAAUGAGCAACCUGUCUCCGUGACGGCUGACCUUAGCACAUAAGACAUUUCCCUUAAUACUCAACCAGUCAAUAGGAUUUGUGGUUCACAAACACUGGGUGCAACAGUCAGUCUCUUUUACUCUACCAUUUCGAACAGUUUAAAUAGCUUUUGCAUUAUAUAAAGGGGCAGUAAAAUGGCAUUUUAUUUUAAUUAAUCUUCUAAAAAUAAUUCUGUUUUUUUUUUUUUUUUUACAACAAUUUUUUGCCACUUAAUCAAUCACUCCUUUUCUGUUCCUCGCUCCCAGCCUGCAGUGUUCCAUCUUUUUACUACAAACUUUUUUACUACACAACCCUCCCAAAAUUUGCAGUGAACAAAGAGGCACACUUUAAUUUUAGGGGUGAGGGUGGGGCCAGGGACAGAGCUGUUCUGAGAAAUUGUAGGUGACUUACUAAUAAAAAUAAAGGCAAAUAAAAUAUUAUUAUUUAAAACCAGAACAAUGUAUCCUAUUCACACAGACUGAUUUCUAAAAACAUUUAUUGUAGUUUAAUGACACAUUACUGGGAGUAUUAUUGCUGUGGAGCUCUGUUAUACACUCAGACACAUUACUGGGAGUAAUAUUGCUGUGGAGCUCUGUUAUACACUCAGACACAUUACUGGGAGUAUUAUUACUGUGGAGCUCAGUUAUACACUCAGACACAUUACAGGGAGUAUUAUUGCUGUGGGGCUCUGUUAUACACUCAGACACAUUACUGGGAGUAUUAUUGCUGUGGAGCUCUGUUAUACACUCAGACACAUUACUGGGAGUAUUAUUGCUGUGGAGCUCUGUUAUACACUCAGACACAUUACUGGGAGUAUUAUUGCUGUGGAGCUCUGUUAUACACUCAGACACAUUACUGGGAGUGUUAUUACUGUGGAGCUCGGUUAUACACUCAGACACAUUACUGGUAGUAUUAUUGCUGUGGAGCUCUGUUAUACACUCAGACACAUUACUGGGAGUAUUAUUGCUGUGGAGCUCUGUUAUACACUCAGACACAUUACUGGGAGUAUUAUUGCUGUGGAGCUCUGUUAUACACUCAGACACAUUACUGGUAGUAUUAUUGCUGUGGAGCUCUGUUAUACACUCAGACACAUUACUGGGAGUAUUAUUGCUGUGGAGCUCUGUUAUACACUCAGACACAUUACUGGGAGUAUUAUUGCUGUGGAGCUCUGAGCUGGGAGUAUUAUUCUGUGGAGCUCUUAUACACUCAGACACAUUACUGGGAGUAUUAUUGCUGUGGAGCUCUGUUAUACCCUCAGACACAUUACUGGGAGUAUUAUUGCUGUGGGGCUCUGUUAUACACUCACACACCAACAAUAUGGUGCUCCUAGAAAAAAGCAUACCUCCCAACAUCGGCAGACCCAGAAAUGGGAUGCUGGUGGGAGGGGGGUAAAGAUACUAUUGCAUCACUGGUUCUGACUCAAGGGAGUGGACCUCCACAAAAAGGCUGCCUGAGGGCAGACUCUGCAGGGAGCCCUGUUUCAGCGCUCUCUGUAAUGCCCUUGUGCCCUAAACGUAGCACAAGGGAGUCUUAUGAUGCGCUUUCACUAUGUUUGGGUCAGUUCCCUGGUGUCCCCAAAAGUGGGACAUCAGAGGACUAGGGUGGGAUGACAGGAUAGGACCCAAAAAUCAAGACUAUCCAGAGGCAUGAAUGAUAGACAUUGGGGCCCAAAUAGGGACUAUCCCUCCUAAAUAGGGACACUUGGGAGGUUUGUAUACAUGGUGUUGUGACUAGCAUUUCUGGUUGUUGUGGUUAAUUUGUUCGAUACCUGGAGUCUCCUACAGAACAACCUCAAAACAAAGAAGAAAAAUUCUCAGACAUGAAGAUUAUUUCCUAAACAGUCAGUUUAAAUAGAAAACGCGCUUGUAAAAAUGUUGUCAAAAAUGCUGAAAAAAUAGUUAGUUUUCUUUUCUUUUUUCUUUAAGUAUGUAAAUUCUUUUGAUUAUGGGACCACUAAAAUAUAUGCCAUCACCGAAUACAGUCCACUUCAUUAUAUUGGUUAAUAAAUAUUAUGGUUGGAUCUAGAGUUAAAGAAGGGAAUUGGAGGGUACGACUGGAAAACCAAAAUAUGUACAAAAUACAGAUUGAGGAAGUCAGUCGCACUCAAAAAAAAAAAUAAUUAAAAAAAUACAGUUUUCAAUUUGACAAAACGACUUAUCAGCUAUUGUAACUAACCAAUAUGGGGAUUCAGUUACACCAUAUGGCCUUAUUGUGUUACGUCACAGUACUCCAUUAUCGGUGGGUCCUACACUAAUUGUAACACGGGACAUAAACAUGCUAACUGCAAUACUGCUUAAACUGCUUCCAAACACUCUCCUCAAAUGUAUGCUUUGUGGUCAGCUCCAUUUGUUUUCUAUGAUAGGCUAUGCUAAGUAAUCUUGUUAAAACGGUGUUUUUAAAAUGUACUUUAUUUAAUUAAUUUUGUGUGCGCUGUUCCCUAAUCUGUAUUUUUGGUCUUUAUGGCAGCACCAAUGCUGAGAAAUGCACGUUUCACAAUUUGCCUGCAAUUUUCUUCAUUCGUGUAUAUUUAUAAUUCAGACCAGAUUCCUUUUGGGUUGAGCACCCGGCCCAUCCAAUAUCAAUUUCAGAGACAACAUGGGUUUACUUCAGGGAGAUCAUGCCAAACUAAUCUUAGUGAUUUUUUUGAUUGGGUAACUAAAAUUAUAGAUCAGGGUGGUGCAGUAGGCAUUGCUUACCUAGAUUUCAGUAAGGCAUUUGACACUGUUGCACAUAGAAGGCUUAUCAAUAAACUGCAAUCUUUAAGUUUGGAUUCCAAUAUUGUUGAAUGGGUAAGGCAGUGGCUGAGUGACAGGUAACAGAGGGUUGUAGUUAAUGGAAUAUAUUCGAAGCUUGGACUUGUCACCAGUGGGGUACCUCAGGGAUCUGUACUUGGACCCAUUCUCUUUAAUAUUUUUAUUAGUGAUAUUGCAGAAGGUCUUGAUGGUAAGGUAUGUCUUUUUGCUGAUGAUACUAAGAUAUGUAACAGGGUUGAUGUUCCAGGAGGGAUAAGCCAAAUGACAAAUGAUUUAGGUAAACUAGAAAAAUGGUCAGAAUUGUGGCAACUGACAUUUAAUGUGGAUAAGUGCAAGAUAAUGCAUCUUGGACGUAAAAACCCAAGGGCAGAGUACAGAAUAUUUGAUAGAGUCCUAACCUCAACAUAUGAGGAAAGGGAUUUAGGGGUGAUUAUUUCUGAUGACUUAAAGGUAGGCAGACAAUCAGUGGCGUACACAUGAUCCAUGGGGCCCCGGUGCGAAAAUUGAUCCGUGGGCCCCCCCGCGCUUACUCGGCGCGGGUCGGGGCCGCAACACAUGGCGGCGGGCACCUGGUCGCAGGGGUUGCAGGGCUGCGACCCCGCGACCGCGGUAUGCACACACACUUAAAGGACCACUACAGACACCCUGAUCACAUCAGCUCAAUGAAGUGGUCUGGGUGCCAGGUCCCUCUAGUUUUAACCCUGCAGCUGAAAACAUAGCCGUUUCAGAGAAACGGCUAUGUUUCACUGAGGGUUAAUCCAGCCUCUGGUGGCUGUCUCAUUGACAGCUGCUAGAGGAGCUUCCACUGUGAAAAUCACAGUGAGAAAACACUGUACGUCCAUAGGAAAGCAUUGAGUAAUGCUUUCCUAUGGGCGGUUUAAAUGCGCGUGCGCCUCUUGCCGCGCAUGUGCAUUCGGAGCUGAGAGGCGGAGGGAUCCCCAGCGCCAAGGGAGUCCUACGCUGGAGAAAGGUAAAUGCUAAAGACAUAUACACACACACACACACUCUCACGAACAGACCCAUACACACUAGCUAACAGAAACACACAUUUACUGACAGAGACACACUCAGUGACAGACAUACAUACACACUCACUUACAAAACAUACUUUCACUGACAAACACACUCACUAACAGACAUCAAACACACUCAGUAACAGACACACACAGUAACACACUCACUAGCAGACACACUCACUGACACACACACUAACACAAACACUAAAACACACACACACACACACUAACACACAUACAGUAACACACACACACACACAUACACUAACACAAACACACACAUACACUAACACACACACACAUACACUAACACACACACACACACACACACACUAACAAACACACACUAACAUACACAUACAUACACUAACACACACACACACAUACAUACAUACACUAACACACACACACACUCACACUAACACACACACACAUUUAAAAAAAAAAAUGUAAUCCCCCCAGCCUUCUUACCUUUUGGAGUGCUGGGGGGAUUCCCUGGGGUCCAGUGGUGCUGCUGGGCGGGCGGGCUGUCUGUCUGUCUCGGUGGCCGGCGCGCGAGGGAGCACUCAGUGCUUCCUCUUCAGCUCCCUCGCGCGCCGCGUGGGGAUGCCGAGCCGGAAGAUGACGUCAUCUUCAGGCUCCGGUAUCAGUGCGGUGCGCGAGGGAGCUGAAGAGGAAGCACUGCGUGCUCCCUCGCGCGCCGGCCACCCACCCAGCCAGCCCGCCCGCCGGGGUCAGCAGGGCCAGCCUCGGGGGGGCCUGAGGUGGCCGCCUCCUGGGCCCCCCAGGAGAAGAGGCUGGCCCUGUGGGUAUAUACCGGGUCGCAGGGGCGGCCGGGCCCCCUGGUGGGCCGGGCCCGGUCGCAGCCGCGACCCUGGUAUGUACGCCACUGGAGACAAUGUAAUAGAGCAGCAGGAAAUGCUAGCAGAAUGCUUGGUUGUAUAGGGAGAGGUAUUAGCAGUAGAAAGAGGGAAGUGCUCAUGCCAUUGUACAGAACACUGGUGAGACCUCACUUGGAGUAUUGUACACAGUACUGGAGACCGUAUCUUCAGAAGGAUAUUGAUACCUUAGAGAGGGUUCAGAGAAGGGCUACUAAACUGGUUCAUGGAUUGCGGGAUAAAAACUUACCAGGAAAGGUUAAAGGAUCUUAACAUGUAUAGCUUGGAGGAAAGACGAGACAGGGGGGAUAUGAUAGAAACAUUUAAAUAUAUAAAAGGGAAUCAACACAGUAAAGGAGGAGACUAUAUUUAAAAGAAGAAAAACUACCACAACAAGAGGAUAUAGUCUUAAAUUAGAGGGACAAAGGUUUAAAAAAUAAUAUCUGGAUGUAUUACUUUACUGAGAGGGUAGUGGAUGCAUGGAAUAGCCUUCCAGCUGAAGUGGUAGAGGUUAACACAGUAAAGGAGUUUAAGCAUGCGUGGGAUAGGCAUAAGGCUAUCCUAACUAUAAGAUAAGGCCAGGGACUAAUGAAAGUAUUUAGAAAUAUUGGGCAGACUAGAUGGGCCGAAUGGUUCUUAUCUGCCGUCACAUUCUAUGUUUCUAUAAUGCACAUUUGGAGGUGACCACAGGAGAGUAUGCAUUUAAGAAUAAUCCCUGGAAGUAUUGCAGUCAGCAUGUUAAUCUCCCAUGUUAAAAUUAGAGUAGGACCCACCAAUAUUUGGGUACUGUGACGUAGUGGGCUUAACACGAUACGGCUGUAUGGUAGAAAUGAUCCACAUAUUUGUUUGCUGAGAGGUGAUUUUAAGACGACAUUUAUUUUUUGUAUGUGCUGUUCCUUAAUCUGUACUUAGAUUAAGUUUUUCUGCCAAUUGAUGAGAAACAACACUUAACUAAAUACAUCGCAAAGGACACAAGUUGACCUGGCUUGAAUCUCAUUGUUUAAUGCGUUUACAUUUUAAAAGAAAACUGAAUGCGAUAUCCAGGCUGGGUGGAUCUAUCUUCUAAUUCUUGUGUAUAUUUUAAACAGCUUGUUUUCCUUUAACAAACACAUCGUUACCAUAUCAACAUUCAUUUUAUCAGGAAGAUUUUGGUCUGUGAGUUUUUUUUAUUUUUUUAUUGCAAUCAGUUAAACCUCAGCGGUAUAGUUUUAUCACUCCGUUAUGAAUUAAUACUUUUCUGUUUUGAUAUAAUUUGGAAAAGCGUAUAUUACAGAAGAAGUUGUAAUACAGAAUUUAUCAGAGUGUGAUGCAAUGUGAAUGGUUUCGAUAUUACCGCUGUAUAGGCCUGCCCAAUUCAUCUACAUUCACAGCUAAAUCCAAUGUGGCACUGUGUGUGUAUAAACAUUCCAUGUUCCACGUCUAUUCCCCGGGGAAGCGGAGCCAGUAAAUGAUGCAAUAACAGUGCAAAAUAAACUGGGGUGUUUGUGUGGACAUGUUUUGUUUCCGCUCGAUUAGAUUGCAGCGUUAGAAUAAAGCAGGUACUUGGUAGAAAGAACCAUGAUUUAAAAACCCAGCCCACUGACUGUUAAUGCCACACUUUGGAGUUGUAUAUAAAGCACUAAUUUGAAGGGAAUCGGAAAUUCCAAUUUUUUUGUGUGCGUGUGUGAUUAUGCAUGUGAAAAAAGAUUUUCUUCUUUUUUUUGUGUGUGUUUAACAAGAAACUAUUCUAUAUUCAGCAUGAUUUCCAUAGUGGGUAUGAGAAAAAAAAAUUAAAAUAAACAGAAAUUCAGUAACUGGAAACGCUCUCUUGGGCAACAGAAAGCACCAGCGGACAAAGGAGUGUGUGCAAGGAUCUUAUAAAGGAAGUACAAUGCUACCAUUGUGGUUGGUUUUAAAGCAACUGUAGGGACAGGCACCAUGAUACCCACCAAAGUGAGAAACAUGUAAUGUAGCAAGUCUAAAAUAAUUAAUUUGUGUUACUGGACAAACAGAAUACAUGCAUGCCAACACCAGCAAGAAUAUAGCCGGGGCACGAGGGCUUUAGUAGAGAUUGGUAUGCAUGUGGGCAGGCCAGUGAUGCCACUUGCGUCAUUACAAGUGUGCAAAAGAAGUGUGCCACCUUGGUGAACUUGCAUGCUCGGAGGAAAGGUGGCCCUGGAGGACAGCUAAUCAAGGCUGAUUGUGCUUCUUGAUCUAAAUAUUUAGCAAUCAAGACUUUAAACUUUAACCUACCAUUUGUUUAUCAAAAACCUCAUAAAGAUAAGGGACUCUUUGGUGAUCCGUUGUUGUAUGGCUGUUAAAUUAAUGAAAGAAUAAAUAUGUUUAACAUAACAAAAUGUAAAAAGGAGACAUUCCUGGUUAGAAUUCACCCCCUGUUUUACAAUAUUUAAAAGAGGUUCUGCAGGCUACAGGUCUCCCCCUGUUUUUCAUGCAUUACUGAGCUUAUACCCCCCCCAAAAUAGAACCAAAAUAAUUAAUUGGUGCAGCUUUUAUUAUAUAUUUUGCUUAUUUUUUUUACAAUUUUUUUUUUUGUAGAUUCACUUAUGGCCAUGCUGGAACUGUGCACAAAGAAUAUGUCUACAUAUCUGGGGGACAUGACUACCAGAUCGGGCCUUACAGGAAAAACAUGUUGUGUUACGACCAUCGUGCAGACGCAUGGGAGGAGAGGCGGCCCAUGAUCACGGCUCGAGGUUGGCACAGCAUGUGUACUUUAGAAGACAGUAUUUACUCUAUAGGUGGCAGCGAUGAUAACUUGGAGUCGAUGGAACGGUUUGAUAUACUCAGUGUGGAGAGCUACAGCCCCCAGUGUAACCAAUGGACUCGAAUAGCCCCCUUGCUGCAGCCAAACAGUGAAUCCGGAGUGGCUACUAUGGAUGGCAAAAUUUAUAUCCUUGGUGGUUACAGCUGGGAGAACACAGCAUUUUCUAAAGCCGUACAGGUGUAUGACAAGGAUAAAAAGAAAUGGGUGAAAGGGGCCGACUUGCCCAAAGCAAUUGCUGGUGUAUCAGCUUGCAUCUGCAUUCUUAAAACUGGUGAGGCAAGAAACAAAAAAUCAAAGACAAAAAGAUACUCCGACAGAGGCCGGUGAGGCUGCAUUAAAGGGGGGGGAUAGAAUUUACAUUGUGGAUAUUUUAUAUACAAAAUAAGAGAAUGGUUAUUAGAUUUUGUAAUGAUACCACAACGGGAACGCUCUAUGGGAGUGCAGUAACAUCGAGUUCCACGUGUUUUGCAGUGCCAUUAACAGAAGCAUCCUGUUUUAUUUUUCAUUCUGCAUUUAUAAACAAACACACGUGAGUAUCGUAACCCAGUGAUACGUGUUAACUUUCCUUUUGGCUCUGGUGAAAGUAUCAUACUAAACUCCUGAUUUAUAGCAUUCAUUACUCACUGGAGUAAAGAAGAAUACAGAGGUCCACCAAUUCUGUGUCCCUUCCUAGGAGACAAACGGGGGCCUUUUAUUAGCAACACACUGCUAAUGAAUCAUUUGAUCAUUGUUACAAGAUCGGUAAUAGACUGUCCUGAGAGAGAUACUUUAGUUUAUUUUAAAGUACAUUCCCAAAGAAGCAAAACAUUUAAGCAAACUAGCCGCCACUAUUAAACAAAAGUGCGACAGACUGCUCGAGUUUGUAUUUAAAAGGAUGCAUGCGUCAAGGUAUAGUUUUAUAUCGUGUGUGCGUGUGCUUGUUUAAUUGGCUCCCAAGCUGUAGAUAUUGAUAGGAUAUUAAUCCCCCUUCAGUUCAGCUCUCGCAGGGAUCCCAUUCAGAGUCCAAUCACGUGUGCGUCGAUUGCAUGUGUAAGCAUUGCAGUCAUGUGACACAAGGAGAGGACAUUGGCUGUGGAAAAGACUUUGUUUGCAUGGCAUCAGAAAAAGCAUCUUUAAAAACAUAUGUUGUAUUUAUACGGCUAAAACCAUUGCGCAAAGAAUAGAAUUACAAAUCUGAUUAAUUUCCUUUGCAUAACAUGUUAAUCUCUUGUCAAUUUGAGAUAGCAUGUAAGAAGGAUUUUGAAAAAUAAUUUUAUUUUAAUUUUAAAGAACUGGCCUUUUCCCUCUAACUAUGGCUUAACUGUAAAAAAAAAAAAAAUAAAAAAAAAAAUUACAAAGUUUUUUUGUUUUUUAAAUUGUAUUUUAA